AAACAUAACAUAGAAUGUCCUGUGUGUAUAUAUAUCUUGUCAUCUAAAGAGACUUGGAACCUCAUACAUUAGUUGUGCAUGUCCCACUGUUUUCACAGACAAUCAGCUGCAUGCGUCACAAGAAACUGAGUUUUUGCUGGCUGCCAGGAAAAGGAUUCCUGAGUUGUUUGAACGCUUAGCCCAGGAAGGAUCCCAGAUGGCUGACCAUGUAAGGUUCACUGGCUAUAUAAUGGGCUAUUUGCCCAUUCUGACAGGCCAUAGAUUAGUCAUGACCAACAUGACGAAACAGAACGUCCCCGACUGUCAGGUUUGGUCAGAUGGCAAUCGGUUCCAGGUCAUGGUUGAUGAUCACAAAGCUGUGCGGUCCUUUGGCCAGGCUGCCUUUUGCCUCGACAAGACUGAAUAUGGGUGGCUACGACAGAUAAGCCAGGGAAAAUGCUGUGUGAGAGGUAAGGACUGCCCAUACGAUUUCCACACCUCACUCGGCCUGCAAAUCUCCAAGCCCGCCAACGUGGUCAACAUGGCAUGGGAGGAUGCCGGGAUGAAAGGGAAGAUUGAUUUUAACAAAAUCAGGAGCAGCGUCUCCACACAAGCAAACAAUUUUCUGUCGGAGAAGGAGAGACUGCAGGUGGCCAAAGCCAUGUGCCACAACCUGGACACGGCGGAAAGGUUUUACGUGGGUCUCCCGGACAAAGAAACGUGCUACAAAACCAGAGAGCGCAGGGUGAAGGCUCUCCAGUUGGCCACUGGAAACCCGUCUAAAGAGGACCAACCAAGUCAAAAUGCUGAGGAACCUCUGUUGGCCAGUACUCCAGUACUCCAAACAGAGUGA